AAAUACUGAAUGGAGGGGUAUAUGUUGGCCAGAACAAGUUUCUUUGCUUCGCAGACACCAUUCAUUGGCAGGACAUCGUGCGUAACCCCUGGGCCUCCAACUUUACCUUGGUUCCAACGAAUGGCAGCUCAGGAUGUGGUCGAUGCCACAAGUCCUGCACAGGCCGAUGCUGGGGACCCACAGAGAAUCACUGCCAGACCUUGACGAAGACGGUGUGCGCGGAGCAGUGCGACGGGCGGUGCUACGGGCCCUACGUCAGCGACUGCUGCCACCGGGAGUGCGCCGGAGGCUGCUCCGGACCCAAAGACACCGACUGCUUCGCCUGUAUGAAUUUCAAUGAUAGUGGUGCCUGUGUCACGCAGUGCCCCCAGACUUUUGUGUACAAUCCUACCACCUUCCAACUGGAGCAUAAUCACAAUGCCAAGUACACCUAUGGGGCUUUUUGCGUCAAGAAGUGCCCACACAACUUUGUGGUAGAUUCCAGCUCUUGUGUCCGUGCAUGUCCGAGCUCCAAGAUGGAGGUUGAAGAAAAUGGUAUUAAGAUGUGCAAGCCCUGCACUGACAUUUGUCCUAAAGCCUGUGAUGGCAUUGGAACAGGGAGUCUGGUGUCAGCUCAGACAGUGGAUUCCAGCAACAUUGACAAGUUCAUAAACUGCACCAAGAUCAAUGGCAACCUUAUCUUCCUCGUAACUGGGAUUCAUGGGGACCCAUAUCACACAAUCGCUGCAAUCAAUCCGGAGAAAUUAAAUAUCUUCCAAACAGUGAGAGAGAUAACAGGAUAUUUGAAUAUACAGUCAUGGCCUGAGAAUAUGACAGAUUUCAGGGUGUUUUCUAACUUGGUUACUAUCGGUGGACGAGCUCUCUACAGUGGCCUUUCGUUACUCAUCCUAAAGCAACAAGGCAUUACCUCACUGCAGUUUCAAUCCUUGAAGCAAAUCAGUGCUGGCAACAUCUACAUAACAGACAACACCAAUUUGUGCUACUACCACACUGUCAACUGGACCAGCCUCUUCAGCACACCCAGUCAAAAGACAGUGAUCCAUCGAAAUAAAAAGGCAGAGAACUGCACUGCCGACGGGAUGGUGUGUAAUGAGUUGUGCUCCAGUGAUGGCUGCUGGGGGCCAGGGCCAGACCAGUGUCUCUCCUGCAAGCGCUUCAUCAGGGGAAGGACCUGCAUAGACUCCUGUAACCUCUACGAUGGGGAAUUUCGAGAAUUUGCCAAUGGUUCUGUCUGUGUGGAGUGUGAUCCCCAGUGUGAAAAGAUGGAAGAAAACAUGAUCACGUGCUAUGGGCCGGGACCUGACCACUGCACAAAGUGUUUCCAUUUUAAGGAUGGUCCAAAUUGUGUGGAAAAAUGUCCUGAUGGCUUACAGGGGGCCAACAGCUUCAUUUUCAAAUAUGCUGAUGAAGAUCGUGAGUGCCAUCCAUGUCAUCCAAACUGCACCCAAGGGUGUAGAGGGCCCGCUAGUCAUGACUGCAUUUACUAUCCAUGGACACGCCAGUCCACUUUACCACAACAUGCUAGGUAACAUCCUCCACUG